AUGUCCACAAACGGCGUCAACGGCCAUGGGCCAGAACGCAAACUCGUUCCCGGCAUCAACGUGCCUAUGGUCGCCUUCUUCAAGGACAACGAAGACGUCGAUGUCGAAGCCACCGCAAAGCACACCGUCCGUCUGGCAAAGGCCGGCAUGACCGCUUUAACAUGUCAGGGCUCAAAUGGCGAAGCCGUCCAUUUGACAGCCGAGGAACGCAAGCAGAUUAUUUCUGCCGCUCGAAAAGCACUCGAUGAUGCCGGCUUCACGUCUCUACCUCUCAUCGCUGGCUGCUCGGCACAAUCGACACGUGAGACGAUAUCAUUGUGCAAGGACGCAAAAGCAGCUGGAGCAGACUACGCAUUGACACUGCCUCCCAACUACUACAAGACCUCAUAUGCACGAAGCGACCUGCUCCAAUUCUAUAAGGACCUGGCUACCGACUCGCCCAUCCCGAUUUGCAUCUACAACUACCCUGGCGCGGUUGCUGGCAUCGAUCUCGACUCUGACGCAAUCAUCGAGCUGGCAAAGCACCCCAACAUUGUCGGCUGCAAGCUGACCUGCGGCAACACUGGCAAGCUGAACCGCAUUGCCCAUUCCGUGAAGGCAGCUACCCCAAAAGCUUCGAACUCGGGCUGGAUGUGCAUGGGUGGCUCCGCCGACUUUACCCUACAGACACUGAUCGCUGGUGGAUCUGGCAUCAUCACUGGCUUGGGCAAUAUUGCGCCCAAGGCUUGCGUCAAGGUGUAUGACUUGUAUGCAGAGGGUAAGGUCGAGGAGGCGCAGAAGAUGCAGGCGAUCGUGGCGAGAGGCGACUGGGGUGUCAUUGCCGGUGGCAUCAGUGGAACCAAGAGCGCAAUGAUCAGUCACUUCGGAUAUGGUGGCUACUCGAGGAGACCACUGCCCCGGCCAACGAAGGAGGAGGAUGCGCGGUGGAAGGAGGCGCUUGCUGAGAUCGUUGAGCUGGAGAAUUCACUGCCGGACAAGUUCUAG